CUUUGAGCUUCGUGUCUGUAACGGUGACGUGUCUUUCUCCUCCUUUUCCCGGUGGCUCAGUCAGUCAGUCAUUGAGAUUCACUCCGAGCUGAUUUUCACUGGAGGGGAAAGGAUAUACGACAAUUGUUAAGGCAUCAUGGGCAUUAAAUUCUUGGAGGUAAUAAAGCCGUUCUGUGCGGUGCUACCAGAGAUCCAGAAACCUGAAAGAAAGAUCCAGUUCAGAGAGAAGGUGCUAUGGACGGCAAUUACUCUCUUCAUCUUUCUUGUGUGUUGCCAGAUUCCUCUUUUUGGCAUAAUGUCCUCAGAAUCUGCAGAUCCAUUCUACUGGAUGAGAGUCAUCAUGGCUUCAAAUAGAGGUACUCUGAUGGAGCUGGGUAUCUCACCCAUUGUCACCUCAGGCCUGAUAAUGCAGCUGCUGGCCGGAGCUAAGAUCAUUGAAGUUGGAGACACCCCAAAGGAUAGAGCGCUCUUUAAUGGAGCUCAGAAAUUGUUUGGGAUGAUCAUCACCAUCGGCCAGGCCAUUGUUUAUGUGAUGACUGGCAUGUAUGGAGAUCCAUCAGAGAUGGGUGCAGGGAUCUGUUUGCUCAUCAUCAUUCAGCUGUUUGUUGCCGGGCUGAUUGUGCUGCUCCUGGAUGAAUUGCUCCAAAAGGGCUACGGCCUCGGUUCAGGAAUCUCCCUGUUCAUCGCCACCAACAUCUGUGAGACCAUCGUCUGGAAGGCCUUUAGUCCCACCACUGUGAACACAGGAAGAGGAACAGAAUUUGAGGGAGCAGUCAUCGCUCUUUUUCACCUCCUCGCCACGAGGACCGACAAAGUGCGGGCUCUCCGGGAGGCCUUCUACAGGCAGAACCUCCCCAACCUCAUGAACCUGAUCGCUACAGUGUUUGUCUUUGCCGUAGUCAUAUACUUUCAGGGAUUCAGAGUGGAUCUGCCCAUCAAAUCUGCUCGCUACCGUGGCCAAUAUAACACAUACCCCAUCAAGCUUUUCUACACCUCCAACAUUCCCAUCAUCCUGCAGUCUGCUUUGGUCUCCAACCUGUAUGUCAUCUCCCAGAUGCUUUCUACACGCUUUAGUGGGAAUUUCCUGGUGAAUCUGCUUGGAACGUGGUCUGAUGCAACAUCAGGUGGCCCAGCCCGUGCCUAUCCUGUCGGAGGACUUUGCUACUACCUCUCUCCACCAGAGUCUUUCGGUUCUGUUCUAGAGGACCCAGUCCAUGCACUAAUUUACAUCUUUUUCAUGCUCGGCUCAUGUGCCUUUUUCUCCAAAACCUGGAUCGAAGUUUCAGGCUCUUCUGCAAAAGAUGUAGCGAAGCAGCUGAAGGAACAGCAGAUGGUGAUGAGAGGACACAGAGAAACCUCAAUGGUCCAUGAACUGAACAGGUACAUUCCAACCGCUGCUGCCUUUGGUGGACUUUGCAUCGGCGGUUUAUCGGUGAUGGCGGACUUUCUCGGUGCCAUCGGUUCUGGCACCGGUAUCUUACUGGCUGUCACCAUCAUUUAUCAGUACUUUGAAAUCUUUGUGAAAGAACAAAGCGAAAUAGGCAGCAUGUCGGCCAUGUUCUUCUAAAAAAAAAAAAAACUAAAAAAAGAAGCUGUGAUCCUGCCAUCUCCUGCCAGCUUUUACUGAGUUUUGUCUGUAUUUCAUUUUUGUUCUUUUUUUUUUU